GGAGGAACAAAGGAGGAAGACGCAGAAGCAGAAGAAGAAAGGAGAAUUAAGUAGGAUUCCCGCGAAAAUCAACUUCUUUUGAAUCAUUUCGCGCGUUGAAAUCCACACUGGUUGUAGGUGACCAUUUCAAUUGCCGAUCAUAUAACUUCAAAAUUAAACAAGAAUAUGAAGCAAAGUGUUAUCCUCUACUCAUCGUUGGUCUGGAACUUUUGCUUGCCACUGCAGGUUAGCAAUGGCAGAGGCAGAGACGGAGACCAAAGUUGUUGUGGGUACUGCAAAUGGAAUGGGUACUGCAAAUGGAACUUGCCCGCUUGAGGAUUCUGGCCUCCCGGCAGGUACUGGUGAAGCUGAAACUGUAAAGGAGGAAGCUGUAACAGUAAACAAAGGGGACACAACUGGAGUUAAGGAAAUGGAUGAAGAUAGUAAAGAAAAUGAGAAGAACGAGGCUGUGGGAAAGGAUGAAGACCAAAAAUUGGAGGACGAAGAGAACAAACAGGAAAAAGAAAGAGAAGAACAAGAACUGGACGAUGUCAAAAUGGAUGAAGUAACUGAAACAAAGGAAGAAAAGGAGAGCAAGGAAAUUGUUGAGAAUGCGGAAGAGAAGGACAACAAUGAAAACAUUGUGACUGCUGAAGAAAAGGAAGAGAAGGAGUGCAAAGAAAACAUUGAGAAUGCUGUAGAUAACAAGGAAAAAACGGUGAAAGUGGAGGAGAUUAAAGGAGAAAAGCGAUACAACAAGCGUGCUAAGGGGUCAAAUGUUGGGGGGAAGGAGGUGGCUAAGAAAAACAAAGUGGAUGAAACAAAUGUUAAAGCAACAAAUACUCCCACAGCCUCCUUUCUUGAUCGACCUGUGCGGGAGCGAAAGACUGUUGAGAGGUUGGUGGUUUCUGUUGAGAAAGAACCAGCAAAGGAUUUUCACAUUGAAAAGGGCCUUGGUACCCCACUCAAGGAAAUACCUAAUGUGGCAUACGAGUUAUCAAGGAAGAAGACAGAUGAAGCAUUCAAGUCACUUUACACGAUCCUUUUUGGGCGGAGGGGAAAGGCAUCUGAUUUCAAGAAGAACAUAUCCCAGUUUUCUGGCUUUGUGUGGCAUGAGAAUGAGGAAGUGCAGGAAAAGCAAAGGAUGAAAUUAAAAGAAAAAUUUGAUAAGUGCUUCAGGGAGAAGUUGCUGAAAUUCUGUGAUGUGCUUGACAUACCUGUUGUGAAGACAACAACAAGGAAGGAAGAUAUUGUUAUGAAGUUGAUAGACUUUUUGGCAGCUCCGCGUGCAAGGACUGAUGUUUUAAUUACAGAGAAACAGCAGUCAAGUAAAGAUAGAAAGCGCAAGAGGUCAGUCAAGGGAACUGCAUCAAAGUCAGGUGGUGCUUCUGCAAACUUCUCAUCAAGGUCUAUUCCACAGAAACGAAGGAAGUCUGAAGACACUCCAAAAAAAGAAAAGGAAAAAAAGAAUGCGCCUGACAUGGAAGAUGAGUCUGAAGAAGAAGAGGAUGAAGAGAAUGACAAUGGCGUUCCGGAUGCACCUGAAGAAGUUCUUAACCAUUCUGAGAAUGAGGAUAAGGAAGAUGAAUCUAUAGGAGAGUCUGAAGAAGACAUGGAAGAGCAUAAACGUGGUUCGAGGAAAUCGUCAUCGAAGAAGGAAUCUGAUGGGAAAACUAAUAUGAAGAAAUAUACAACUUCCAGGAAAGCCACUCCAACUACAUCACCAAAAAAAACUCCAACAAAAACGUCAUCUAAACAUUCUAAGGUCAAUGACAACAGUGAUAAAAGCCCAAGGGUGUUUUCAAGAAAGAAGAAAAAUGAGGAGACCAGGAAAAAUGCCUCAAACCCAGUGAAAUCUGCCACCAAGGAGAAAGCUGGUAAAAAGGUAGUGAAAGGGAAGGAUAAAUCCAGAGGGGAAGAACCCGGACCAAGUGAAGAUGAACUAAGGAGAUCAAUCUGUCAAAUUCUGAAGGAAGUCGACUUCAAUACGGCAACAUUCAUUGACAUUCUCAAGAUGCUCGCUCGGCAUUUCAAGAUUGAUCUCAAGUCAAGAAAGUCAGCUAUAAAGCUUCUCAUCCAAGAAGAGCUUACAAAACUAGCUGGCGAGGAGGAAGAUAAUGAGGAUGUCGAGGGAGAAGGUGAUGAAAAAGAUCAACCAACUGCAGGUCAAGAGGUGGAGGUUUGACUGUUUACAUGAAAGAUACAUAGCUGUAAUUUAUUGUAGUCAUAUAAUUCCGGCAACAGAAGUAUUUUCAGGCAAUGAGUGGUGGUGGAACUGCACAGUUGGCAGGGAGGAUGACAUGUUAUGGAUGCAUGAUCAAAGAUUCCUCGAAGUCAUUUUAUUUCUCAAUAUUGAACUGACCUGAAUGGAUACAGUAAGCCAGGUAACUUUGCUGUUCUGCAGAAUCAGCCCCAAAAGUGGAGUUUGCCUGAAAAUUAUCGCCCAACAAAUGGCCCCAAUAACUCCAUGAAUAGUUGCCGCAGGGUGGGGUUAAUGUAUAUUGUCAUAAUCAAAACCCGACCUAACUCUAACUGUUUUCUUUGUCUUAGAUAUGAAAGUUCUGCAUUUUGGGCAAAGAAAUCUUACAAGAAGUGCCCCACCUAUUUAACCUACUGGAUAAAAUAGCUGGUGUGGCUGUUAAGUUACAAGUAGGCCAGAGGGACCUUUUAACAGUUUUAGCCCGAGUCUGUUGUAUUGUCACCGCAUAGAAAAAAGCAAUGUCACAUUCAUCUUAGAUGAUAUUGUAGCUCUUUUGGCUGUGACAUGGAAGUCAUUGUUUACCUUGUAAUUUAUGCUUUGCAUCCUCUGUGGCCAUCUUUUUUCCGCUUUCCUUUUACUUGUUGUAGGGGUUCUGAUCAUCUUUUUGAUUUCCUGAAUAAAUCAAAGACAAAGUUGUGUGAUUGCUUGUCU